CCCUAAGUUUAAUAAGAAACCGAUCUAUAAUUCACCAUCAAAUAAGUAUCAAGAAUUCACCAAUGCUUAUGUGUAUAGUAUUAUGGUUAAAACUAAAAAUGGUACCCCUAACCGAGAUAAUGUUUGUCGUGAAACUACAAAAGAAUGGAAUAAAAUUAAAAGCAAGAGUAAAUCGGAAAUUGAUGAGAUAAUUAGGGAUUACCUGGCCAAGCCAUAUAACCUAUAUGACAUACAAACAAUGAGACCAAG